GCCUUCUCCCCUCUUCUCAUAUGAAACCCAUUUUCUCCUAAUUUCCAUUGAGUAAUUACAUUCUCCCUUACAUAAACAAAGGGUAAUCAUCAAAAACCACACAAUAUGCCUCUUAGGAUUAAACCCCUAUCUCUCCUCUUCCUCGUACUCAUUGUUUGCUCUUCAUCACUAGUGGAAGGCUCUAUCCAGAUCGGAGGCUCAAAGAUUCAUGAGAUAAGUUUCAAGCUCUACAAGAGUGAGGAAGUGGGAGCGAAGAAGAUGAGCCAUAGGAAGUUGAUGUUCCACUCCACAGCGGACUACGACGAUGCAGGACCCAACCCUAAACACGACCCAAGAAGAAGGCCCGGAGGCAAAGGUUGAAUCAUCAACAACAAUCGUCUCUCUGUCUCUCUCUCUCUCUCUAUCUAUCUAUAUAUAUAUAAGUUAGCAUAUAAAUAUAUAAGCACAUGCACUACUAAUAUCUAUAAUAUGAAUGUAUGUAUGUUAUGUUUUGUCUCCUCCUUCUCUGACUCUUUUUGUUAGAAGAUGAGAUAUCAGUGUACAAUACCCUUCGGAAACGCGUUCGUCAAAGGAGGAUUAAUGCCAAGACAUACUAAAUCCUAUUUAUUUAACAUAUAUAUAUAUAUAUAUAUAUAUAUAUAUAUAUAGAAUCAUAUUCUGUGUACUUCGUUGUAUCAGAAAAUAAAUAAAGAGUGUUAUGGUU